AUGGCGGACUCGCAGCUCUACGAGGACACGUUCCACAUCACGUCGCUGGACCAGGCCAAGUACGACCGCGUGACCCGGCUGGCGGGCACGUCGGCCGACUCGCAGACCACCAUGACGCUGGACGUCAAUUCGGAGCUGUACCCGAUCGAGGAGGGCGAGACGGUGCAGCUACUGCUGGCCAGCACCCUCAAUCUCGACGGCACCAAGGACGAGAAGGGCUGGCGCGAGCUCGACACUAGCACCGAGACCACCCUCGCUGACAUGUACGACUACGUCUGCCACGGCAAGGUCUACCGGUUCGAGGAGGGCGAUGGCGAUCACAUUAAGGUCUAUAUUUCCUUCGGCGGGCUGCUGCUCUACAUCGACGGACCGUAUAAGAAACUUACUCCUCUUCGGAUCGAUUACUGCUACCUGCUGCUCAAGAAAUGA